CAGGCGCUGGGGCAGUAUGUUUUUCUCACACUGAUUCUUUCGGACUCGUUUUCUUCAUUAUUUUUCUUCUCUUCUGAUUAGUUAAAGUACAAACAAGGAAAGAGAGCUACAAAUUUAGCUUUUCGUUAAAGCCCCCCUUUCGCCACCGUUCCCUGCGUCAUGUCAGAGAAUGGUGAUUUAACGUUUCAUUCAACGUUUUCCGACAGGCUGUCGGUAAAUCGCGAUGGCGGGUCGGUGUCGCCCGACGGGCUCUGCUGGGUGUCGGUCCUGUCCUGCUUGCUGCUCGCCUGUUCUUACGUUGGAAGUUUGUACGUGUGGCGGAGCGAAUUGCCCAGGGAUCACCCGGCUGUGAUUAAGAGACGCUUCACCAGCGUACUGAUCGUGUCCGCUCUGUCGCCGCUCUUCGUGUGGUCAUGGAAGGAGUACACCGGCCUGAAGCCGGGCCCCUCUCUGCUGGCUCUGAUGGGCAUUCGGUUGGAGGGGUUCCUGUCGGCCGCAGCGCUACCUCUGGUGCUCACCAUGGCGCUAUUUCUGGGCCCCCUGAUCCAGCUGGCACUGGACAGUCCUUGGGGCCUGAUCGAUGGCAUCAAGCUGGGCUUUGAUCCCUGGUUCUGGGCUCUGUGUGUGGGUGACAUGCGCUGGCUCAGGAACCAGGUGGUGGCGCCGCUGACGGAGGAGCUGGUGUUCAGGGCGUGCAUGCUGCCCAUGCUGGUGCCCUGUGCCGGCCCCACCACUGCCAUCUUCAUCUGCCCGCUCUUCUUCGGAGUGGCCCACUUCCACCAUGUGAUCGAGCUGCUGCGUUUCAGACAGGCCUCUGUGUGGGGAAUCCUCUUCUCUGCAGUGUUCCAGUUCUCCUACACAGUUGUGUUUGGGGCCUACACUGCCUUCAUCUUUAUCAGGACAGGUCACCUGGUGGGGCCGGUACUGUGUCACUCCUUCUGUAACUACAUGGGCUUUCCCUCGCUGGGCGCCGCCCUGGACCACCCGCACCGCCUCCUCAUCAUCUCCUGCUACCUGCUGGGAGUGGUCCUCUUCCUCCUGCUCUUCUUCCCCGCCACCGACCCCUUCUUCUACGGCUCCGCCCCCAUCUGCAGCCUGGUCGACAGCCCACGCCCCAUUUGCUCCUGAUGACUCCUGGCAGGCCACACCAGCACGCUCCGCCCACCCAGAUAGCCUGAUGUCAGAGCUGAUCUCCCAGGAGGCGAGGG